AUGUCAUUGUAAUUCUAAUUUAGUGUUAACUAGAUAUUAAAAGCAUUUUAAAGAGUUGGAUUAAAUAAAGGAGAAGCAUACAAACCUGAUUAGAUAUAUAAUGCUUUAGAUGAAUUAGUAUAUUAAAAUUUAAAGAUAAUCAAUAUAGAUAGAUUAAGUUUAUGAUAGAGAUGUAGCCACUUAAAUUUAUGAAAAAUGUACUCAAAAUCAAAUAGGAUAAGUUUUAAUUGAAGAGUUUUCAAAAAUAUUGAUAUCUGCUGAUGCAAAGUUAAAGAAAAAGAUACAUGAUACUAAAUAAUAAAUCUAGUCUUUGAUUAAUGAAUCAAAGGACUGUCAUGAACAAAUUUAAGAAUUGCAAAGUAUUUAUGUUUUAUAUUGCAGAUUUUUAAUAAUAUAAUUAAUAUGGUUUAGAUAUUGAUUCAUCACUAAAUUUAAUGAUCAAGUCUGUCACAGGAAUAACAAAUGAGGAUUAUACUUAAAGUUAUUUAUCAAUAACAGUUGAUAAUAAUGAAUAAAUUGCAAAAUAGAGUGGAGGAGAUAAGUAUAAUCCAUUAUUUAAUGAGCAAUUAGGAUUGUAAGAAUUAAUUUUAUUCUAAUUAAUUUCUAGUUAAAUUAAAACUGGAAGGGAGAAUAUAGUUUUUAGUUUAUUGGUUGAAGAUCUAAACUAAAUGAAAUCAUUAAUUGGAUAAGCUAAAAUAUAUUUAUCUUAAUUAUAUGAUUAAUAAGUUCAUUCUCUAUCAUUAUAAUUGUAAAAUGAUAGUCAAUAAAUUGAUACAGCAACUAUAUUAUUUGAUGCUCAAUGGAUAUUUAAUAAAGUAAUUCACUAAUUAAUAAAUAGAUUAAAAGUUUAGAAGAUAUGAUCCCUAAAAAUGAAUCUACUAUUUAAUAACUCCAUAAUGAUAUUGAAGAUUAUAAAAGAGAUUUAUAUAUAGUUUAAUACCCUUUCAUGAAUUAAGAUUAGACAUAAAAUUUUAAAUAUUUAUUGAAACCAUUAACUACUUCAAAUUUGAAAACAAAUUCAGCUUUAAUUUAUUAAUAAUCAUAAAACUAAAUAUAAAUAAUAGAUAAACCUACACCGUCUGAAAAAUCUCUGAACUAAGAUAAUAUUCAACCUUAAUUUCAGGGAGAGGAAAUAGAUGAACUUAGUGAUGAAAUAUAUUAUGGAUUUAUCCUGUAUGUCUUGAUGAUUAUCUUAUCAAUUUUCUAAUGCUUUGCAAGACCAGCCUAUGUGGAUGUAAACUUAAGAUUAUAUAGUCUUAUAGAUAUUAUUAGGGAUAUUAUACUUAUUAAUUAUAUUUAGAGAUUGUUUUAGUCCAGAAUACUUAAAAAUAGUUGGAGCAAUAACUGUUCUUAGUAUAGUUUUAGAUAUUGUUUGGAUAGCAAUUUACAAAGUAACUUUGAAUUUGUAGUAUUUAAAAGAAUUGGUGGAGUUGUGCAGAUAAAACCCUUCCAAUAUGGGGAGAAGCAGGAAAUCUCAUUUUUAAAUUAGUUAUAUUGUUUUGCAUAUUUAAUAUGGUUCUAAAGGUAACUUAAGUCUUAAUUAUUAUUAGACUUCCUUAUGUUUUAUAAUAUUCUGUUAUUAUAAAGAAGCUUAAUCUAAUUAGGUCUUAAGUUUCAAAGCGUGGUCUUUGGAAUUCUAAUUUGGAAUACACAAAUAAAAUCUCUUUACUUUAGAUAAUAGACUCUUAUUUUGAUUUAUUAAAUUAUUAAUAUAAUAAGUUUAUGUAAACUCUUGAUUAAAUAGUUGAGGAUCUGUUCAAUAAAUUUACUUUUUAAAAACCUAUUCCUUGUGUACCUACUCCUAUAAAACCUUAAAGAGCAUAAUCUGCCUUCAAAAGAAAACCUCAAAAUCCAUAAUAAAUUUUAUAAUAAGCUACAUAAAUUGUGGAAAGGAAAUAAGCUAUGCUAAAUACUAUUUAAUCAAUGAAAUUUUAAAGAAGCUAUACUGUUUGUAAAACUGAAGAGUCAACUAAACCUGUUAAAUUUGAAAGGUAUUAAAUUUUAUCUAAAUUGGCUGUUGGAGCAUUUGCAACAGUUUUUAAAGCAUAUGAUAGAAUGACUGAUUCUUAAGUAAAAAUAAUAAAUACAAUAGUUUAGGUAGCAAUAAAAAAGUAUAAUUCUAAUUUAUUGUAAUCAGAAUAAAAGAAACUAUUGUUUAAAGAGACAGAAAUAUUAAGAAAGUUAGACCAUGAAAACAUAGUAAAAUUUUUAGGAAUUUAUAAGAAUACAAUUGUAUUAGAAUUUAUUGAUGGAUUAACAUUAACAAAUUAUUUGAAAAGUAAGUUUAAAAUUUAUUAUUAUUUAGAUUAACCUAAUAGAAGAUUAUAAGAAAAUGAAGCUAAAAGAAUUUAUAGUUAAAUUAGAGAAGGAAUUAAAUAUUUGCACUCAAAAAAUAUCUUUCAUAGAGAUUUAAAAGCAGAUAAUAUUAUGAUAAUUAAUAACUAAGUUAAACUAAUCGAUUUUGGACUUGCUUCAGAAAAUUAAUUAUGCUCUGAUUACUGUGGUACACCUGCAUAUAUGGCACCUGAAAUAUUUCAAAAAAAGCCUUAUGAUGGAAAAAAGGCUGACAUUUGGGCUCUAGGAGUAUUAUUGUAUUAAAUUCUAUGUGGAAAAGUACCAUUUCCAGGAAAAAAUGAUGAAGAAAUUAAGUUAGCUUAAUUUCCUAAAUUUGCCUUGCCAAAAACUAUAAGUAGAGAAUUUCAAUAUUAGUUAUUACGUCUUUUAGAUAAAGAUCAUACUAAAAGAAAAUUAUGA